AUGUCUCUCCCCACCCGCCUCAAGAUAGACAUCCGCGACAAUUGGUCCAAAGAUGACACGAAGCUCCAGAAGUCCCAAAAAGCUCUUUCAGAUUUAGUCGGCUAUAAGAUCAACUGCGAGCCCGAAUGGCACAUGCUGUGGGCAGAAAUGCAGCCGCACUGCCCUGACACAUCAACCUUCAUCCCAAGCGUAUGCGCGAUCGUGAGCGCUUGGUGUGACGCGCUGACGACUCUGCUCGAUGAUGAAAAGAAUGAGAAAUGGGCUGACAAAGUACUGGAAGAGUUAAGUAAGACGAAUAGGGUGAAAAUCAGGCUUGAGGUCCUACCCAACCCCACCACCCCCCGGCCAACCGCAACCUGGACCGCUCCCCAGUCCGCCUUCACAAUCUACCUCCCCAAAGGCCCCCUCGCCCUCACCUCAGCCCUCUCCAGCGGCUUCAGCGAAGAUCUCCUCGCCUGCCUCGAUCCCCCCGUUGAUCCAACCCCUCUUUCCCAGCGCCAAGUACCAGACGACUCAUGGGCAGACAUAGAAGUAGACAGCACCAGCGGAACCAUUUCCACUCGCGACACCGCCCCAUCAAUAACUAACGCCCAGAACAAGGGACCGGCUGCGGCUGCGGCUGAAUUGGACACCCUGCCCGACGUAGCCACCCUCCCGCGCCCUGAGUAUCUGGCCCUCAAACCACCGUACCACAUGAUCAUCACGCACUCGCCGCACGCGAAAGAGAUGAGCAUCCAGUGCUCGCACCCGCCGUCGCUGAAGGUGGUGGAGGGGUAUUUGGAGCGAUGGACGAAGCGGGAUAAUAAUACUGUGAAUAGGCCCCCUGCCGCGACCUUAACGCUCCACGAAUCGCCCUUCGGCCUUGGGAUCCUGCAGGAUAGGUUGACGAUCAGUACUCAGGGCUCGCGGAUGACUUUCGUGUUGAGUCCGACGCUGCUGAUGAGUUUUGUGGAGGGGGUGUUGGGGUAUGCGCUUGUUUCUGGGGAUGGGGGGACGUGGACGUUUAGGAGGGAUGUUGGGUUUAAGAGUUGA